GCGGUAGGGAGCAGAAGGAUACGAGAAUCGCUGGACCCGAAACCCAGCUGCGGGAGGGAGGGAGGAAAGAAGGGAAUGCGGCGUGAAGACCUUGCUGCCUGCUGGGGGAGGAGGUACUAACCGGGGGCGACGAGGCUGGUAGAGUUAAGCAUGUCUUUUCGAGGCGGAGGUCGGGGGGGCUUUAAUCGAGGUGGCGGCUUCAAUCGCGGCGGCAGCAACAACCACUUCCGAGGUGGAGGCGGUAAUUUCAGAGGCGGCGGUGGCGGCAGAGGAGGAUUUGGACGAGGAGGUGGCCGCGGAGGCUUUAACAAAGGCCAGGACCAAGGACCCCCGGAUCAUGUAGUUUUAUUGGGAGAGUUCCUGCAUCCCUGUGAAGAUGACAUAGUUUGUAAAUGUACUACAGAUGAAAAUAAGGUGCCUUAUUUCAAUGCUCCAGUUUAUUUAGAGAACAAAGAACAAAUUGGUAAAGUGGAUGAAAUAUUUGGACAACUUAGAGAUUUUUAUUUUUCUGUUAAAUUGUCUGAAAAUAUGAAGGCAUCUUCCUUUAAAAAACUGCAGAAGUUUUAUAUAGACCCAUAUAAACUGCUACCACUGCAGAGGUUUUUACCUCGACCUCCAGGUGAGAAGGGACCUCCAAGAGGUGGUGGCAGGGGAGGUCGAGGAGGAGGAAGAGGCGGAGGUGGCCGAGGUGGUAGAGGUGGUGGUUUCAGAGGUGGAAGAGGAGGUGGAGGUGGAGGCUUCAGAGGAGGAAGGGGUGGUGGUGGUUUCAGAGGGAGAGGACAUUAAGUGUAACAGUUGACAAACUUCCUGCACGAUCUACUUCUAUGGAUAAGAAACUUGUUUCUUGAGCAAGUCUUGAAGAACUGGUCAUUUUCUGGCAAUGGGACUAAAAUGUCAACGCCAUGCAAAAAUGAGUGCAACAGAAUAGGCAAUUUUGCUCUAAAAGAGUAUGAACAAAUGUUUUAAUGUUUUGUACAAUGCUUGGAACUUUGUGGGUGCUUAAUAAAUGGGCAGUUUUCAUUUGAAGCAUACUUGGAAUUUUUAAAAUAAAAUGUUCUAUUUCUUUAA